GGAGAAAGGGGGGGUCACCCGCGGCACGAGCAUCCCCCUCGUCAACCGCCGCCAGCGGAGGAGCGACCCGAGCGGCAAUUGAGGCGGAGGAGGAGGAAGAGGAGAAGAAGAAGGAGGAGGAGGAGGCGCCUUCCCUUUCCCCUGAGCGAGCUCAGCCGGGCCGGUCCCCUCAGCCGGGGGCUCCCCUCCUCUCCUUCCUUCCCCCCCUCUCCUGCACCCCAACCUCCCUCCCCCCACAGUACUGGUGCCGGAGGAGCGGCCCCCUCUCCUCCCCCCGCCCGAACCGGCAAAUGAACUCGGUCCGAGCCGCCAACAGGAGACCCAGGCGAGUGUCCAGGCCGCGCCCGGUGCAGCAGCCGCCUCCACCGCCGCCGCCGCCUCCUCCUGCUCAGCCGCCUCAGCAGCAGCAGCAGCAGCAGCAGCAACCACUGCAACUGCCGCCGCCACCACCGCCGCCGCCGCCGCCACCGGAGAGGAACAACAACAACGCCGCAGCUGCCGCCGCCGCCGCAGCUGCCGCCGUCGCCGCUGGGGAACGGGAUGAUGAUGUACCUGCAGAUAUGGUUGCAGAAGAAUCAGGUCCUGGUGCACAAAAUAGUCCAUACCAACUUCGCAGAAAAACUCUUUUACCUAAAAGAACAGCUUGCCCUGCAAAGAGCAGUAUGGAGGGUGCUUCUACUUCAGCUACAGAGAACUUUGGUCAUCGAGCAAAACGUGCUAGAGUAUCUGGGAAAUCACAGGAUUUAUCAGCAGCACCUGCAGAACAAUAUCUUCAAGAGAAGCUGCCUGAUGAAGUGGUUCUGAAAAUCUUCUCAUACUUGCUGGAGCAAGAUCUUUGUAGAGCAGCUUGUGUAUGUAAACGCUUCAGUGAGCUGGCUAAUGAUCCAAUUUUGUGGAAACGACUCUAUAUGGAAGUAUUUGAAUACACACGUCCAAUGAUGCACCCUGAACCUGGUAAAUUUUAUCAGAUCAAUCCAGAAGAGUAUGAACACCCAAACCCCUGGAAGGAAAGCUUUCAGCAACUGUAUAAAGGAGCCCAUGUAAAGCCAGGAUUUGCUGAACAUUUCUACAGUAAUCCGGCAAGAUAUAAAGGAAGAGAAAAUAUGUUGUAUUAUGACACCAUUGAAGAUGCGUUAGGAGGAGUUCAAGAAGCUCACUUUGAUGGACUUAUCUUUGUUCAUUCUGGCAUAUACACGGAUGAAUGGAUAUACAUUGAAUCUCCAAUUACCAUGAUUGGUGCAGCUCCUGGGAAAGUAGCAGAUAAGGUCAUUAUAGAAAACACAAGAGAUUCAACCUUCGUCUUCAUGGAGGGAUCUGAGGAUGCUUAUGUGGGUUACAUGACAAUCAGGUUUAACCCUGAUGACAAAUCUGCACAACAUCACAAUGCCCACCAUUGCUUAGAGAUUACAGUCAACUGCAGCCCGAUAAUAGACCAUUGUAUUAUUCGAAGUACUUGUACAGUUGGUUCUGCGGUCUGUGUUAGUGGCCAGGGAGCUUGUCCCACUAUCAAGCAUUGUAACAUCAGUGAUUGUGAAAAUGUUGGACUCUACAUUACAGAUCAUGCACAGGGGAUAUAUGAGGACAAUGAGAUCUCUAACAAUGCAUUAGCUGGGAUAUGGGUUAAAAACCACGGAAACCCUAUUAUCAGACGGAAUCACAUUCAUCAUGGGCGUGAUGUUGGUGUUUUUACAUUUGACCAUGGCAUGGGUUAUUUUGAGAGCUGCAACAUACAUAGAAAUAGAAUAGCAGGGUUUGAAGUGAAAGCAUACGCCAACCCUACCGUAGUUCGUUGUGAAAUCCACCAUGGUCAAACUGGAGGAAUCUAUGUUCACGAAAAAGGAAGAGGACAAUUUAUAGAAAAUAAGAUCUAUGCAAACAAUUUUGCAGGUGUAUGGAUUACUUCAAAUAGUGACCCAACAAUAAGGGGUAAUGCAAUUUUUAAUGGGAAUCAAGGUGGAGUCUACAUCUUUGGUGAUGGAAGAGGCCUUAUUGAAGGAAAUGACAUCUAUGGGAAUGCAUUAGCAGGGAUACAAAUUCGGACUAACAGCUGUCCCAUCGUUCGGCACAAUAAGAUACAUGAUGGUCAACAUGGUGGUAUUUAUGUGCAUGAAAAAGGCCAGGGUGUGAUUGAAGAAAAUGAAGUUUACAGUAAUACCUUGGCUGGAGUCUGGGUAACAACAGGAAGCACUCCAGUGCUGAGAAGAAAUAGAAUACAUAGUGGUAAACAGGUCGGUGUUUAUUUCUAUGACAAUGGACAUGGAGUGUUGGAGGACAAUGAUAUCUAUAACCACAUGUACUCAGGAGUUCAAAUCAGAACUGGAAGCAACCCGAAAAUUAGGCGCAACAAAAUUUGGGGAGGCCAGAAUGGUGGAAUUCUUGUUUAUAAUUCUGGGCUUGGCUUUAUAGAAGACAAUGAAAUUUUUGAUAAUGCAAUGGCUGGAGUAUGGAUUAAGACAGACAGCAAUCCCACAUUAAGAAGAAACAAAAUCCAUGAUGGAAGAGAUGGGGGCAUCUGUAUAUUUAAUGGGGGCAGAGGCCUUCUUGAAGAGAAUGAUAUCUUUAGGAAUGCACAAGCUGGAGUCCUUAUCAGCACAAACAGUCAUCCUGUGUUACGGAAAAAUCGAAUAUUUGAUGGAUUUGCUGCAGGUAUUGAAAUAACAAAUCAUGCAACUGCAACUUUAGAAGGCAAUCAGAUUUUCAACAACCGGUUUGGGGGAUUAUUUCUAGCCUCUGGUGUCAAUGUGACAAUGAAAGAUAACAAAAUAAUGAACAAUCAAGAUGCCAUAGAAAAAGCUGUUAGUAGAGGCCAGUGUCUAUAUAAAAUAUCAAGUUACACCAGUUACCCCAUGCAUGAUUUCUAUAGAUGUCACACUUGUAACACCACAGACCGCAAUGCUAUAUGCGUAAACUGUAUUAAGAAGUGCCAUCAAGGACACGACGUGGAAUUUAUUAGACAUGAUAGGUUUUUCUGUGACUGUGGUGCUGGAACGCUGUCCAAUCCCUGUACACUAGCUGGAGAACCGACACAUGAUACAGAUACACUAUAUGACUCUGCUCCUCCUAUAGAAUCUAAUACACUGCAGCACAACUGAAUUACUUUGAGAAGCAGUCCUGCCAUUCUAUCGUAACUGUUAAUUUUGUUUUUGAGGAAGUUAUACUUGCCCAUUUCUGCAGAGAGAGAGAGAGAGAGACUUUAAAAUGGAUGUGUAAAGUGGUGACACUAUGGAGCUCAACCUACCAAAAAGAAAGUGGCAAUAUGUUGACUCAGGAUAACAGAACUGGGCGUUUCAGCAUUACUGUGUAAACAAAGACUAAGGGACAGAUGUGAAGAAAAUAAGCUGCAUCUUUGUACAGAUACCAACUUCCAAAAGGCUGGUGUUUCUACAAGUAGCAUUGAAACGCAGUCCCAUUUGCAGUAGUACUAUUCUGUAGACGAGCAGCAGUCUUUGUUGCUGCCUUUAUGGACAUGGGUACCAAUUGCUUUUUGUAAUAUGGUAAAAAUGUGAGCUAGCACUUCUGCAUUUAUUUUGAUUUUUUUUAAAACAUUUAUUCAGAUUGAGAUGAUUUUAACGCUUUAAUCUCAUGUAGUUUUUAAUUUCAAGCAAAUCUUAUUGUACUUGAAUGUGUCCUGUUUUGUUAGCACACCUAGACUUGCUGUAACUGUACUCAUGUCCCAGUAUGUACGUUCUUUCUAUGAAAGAGAACACUAAUCUUAAAUUAUAUCCAGCAAUUUUUCUGGUAUCCUUUGCAGUUAGAAUCUCCCCCUUCCCCUCCCUGCCCUCAUGAUCUUUACAUCACCUUAAGAAACAAUGUUUUAAUGAGACUUCUUGGGAGAUAAUGCACUAUAAAACAAAGUACACAGGUGACAGUUUGGAAGUACUAUGUUUUAAAGUACACUGUAGGAGUCUCCUCCAAACAAUCCUGUAUUUUACUCUGUUCACAGUUUUAUUGAACAGUUUGGACAUUACUCUUAUGAACUGCUGAAAAUUGCAAAUUCCUGCUCUAAUUAAGAUGAGACAAAGUAUAUAGACAGCCCUAUACAGUUUCAUAGCUUUUUUCCAUUUAUGUGUAUUGGUGACAGUGGGUAAUCAACAGCCUGAAAGUGUAUGCAUGUACCAUAACAUCUAGACUUAAUAUAUUGUGGAGUAUUCAAUAACCAUUAUGUAGAGGGUAGCUAAGAAUUAAAAGGGUUUAAUUUCCUAGGAAAGACAAUGGAAAAUGGUCAUUUUUAAAAAAUAAAGUUUAUUAGAUCAUUGUGUUGUUUGCAUACUGCCUUUGAAAACUGCUGUAAAAACUAUACAGGGUCUCAACCAAGAAGCAUAGUUAGUUUGUUGAGAUCAUCUCUGACUGCUGGUGCUCCUUCAGCUAUCCGGCAAAGGUUCCUGGGAAAACAAACAUGCAUUU